UGAUUAAUGGUUUAAUUUUGAGUUGAAAAGUGACUUUAUGGUUGGAGAUGAACUGGAUCUUUAAACCGGGUCCAGGACCGGACUCCUGUCGGACUUGUUACAGAGUAAAAGCAGAGAAGUUGUUGGUUCCCAGCAGGAGCAGCAGGAGGACAGAACCGAACCUCCUCUCUUGGUUCUGGAGCCGGAGCAGAUAAUCCCGCGGUGGGUGGAGAUCCCCACGUGGUUCGGCUGUAUAAAAACUUUGGGUUCGCGGAGCCCCUGUUGUGGUGAUUCCGAACACGGACAGGGGGUCUCAGUGAGCAGCUCGCAGUGCGCACGAGAAGAGCCGACCAUCCACCGCUGCGCGCGCCGGGCACGGGACGCACCGAGGCGCGUGUGCUUUUUGGACCUUCCUGUUCGGAUGGAAACGCGCUUUUUGGUUGGAUUUUACGAGCGGAGCGCGCGCUGAGGUUCUGUUGGGUCAGCGGAGCGGAGCCGGGACAUUCAAGCAGAACUGAGUGGAGUUUCUGGUCGAGUCUCUGUUGGACCGGACCGGACCGGACCGGUGGAUGCGCACAGCGCGCGUGCUGAAACCCCUUUCCUUCUCGUUUGCUGUGAAGCUUUGAAGACAUGAGCUCGCACACUUUGACGUGUUUGGUCGCGUGCGUCCUGUCCGCGCUCUGCAGCGCGGGGAGCUCGGCGGAGGCGCACAGCGCGCCCCCGGAGUCGUGCGCCUCGUGCGGCCUGAGGGCGCCGGACCAGGCGGAGCGCGUGAACAUUGACUUCGUGGAGGCGGUGAAGAGGCACAUCCUGAACCGGCUGCAGAUGAAGGACAGGCCCAACAUCACGCACCCCAUCCCCAAGGCUGCCAUGGUGACGGCGCUGCGGAGGCUGCACGCGGGCAAAGUGAGGGAGGACGGGCGCGUGGAGAUCCCCAACUUUGACGGACAGGCCGCCUUCAGCAACGAGGUCCAGGCGGAGACCUCCGAGAUCAUCAGCUUCGCGGAGUCAGACGAACACACAAACCCUAAAUCCGGUCUGUACUUCCUCAUCUCCAACGAGGGCCAUCAGAACCUGUUUGUGUCCCAGGCCAACCUCUGGCUCUACUUCCGUCUGCAACCUGCCGGUCCAGAGAAGGGUCUCAGGAGGAAGAUCACGGUCAAGAUCCACUACCGCGAGGCCAGCGCCGUGAGUGGCGCCGAGGGCGGUCCGGGCGGCGGCAGCGGGACUGGACACUGGGUGCUGGUGGAGAAGCGGGUGGAUCUGAAGCGCAGCGGCUGGCACACCUUCCCGCUCUCGGAGGCGGUGCGUGCCGUGUUCGGGAAGGGCAGCCGGCGGCAGGACCUGGAGGUCCACUGCGAGGGCUGCGAGACGGCCGGCGUGGCUCCGGUCCUGGUGGACCCGGGCGACCCGUCCCACCGGCCCUUCCUGGUGGUGCGUGCGCGGCAGGUGGACGGGAAGCACCGUAUCCGUAAGCGGGGUCUGGAGUGCGACGGCACCAGCGGGGGCUUGUGUUGCCGGCAGCAGUUCUACAUAGACUUCCGCCUGAUCAGCUGGAACGACUGGAUCAUCGCGCCGGCCGGGUACUAUGGCAACUACUGCGAGGGCAGCUGCCCCGCCUACAUGGCGGGCGUCCCGGGCUCGGCGUCAUCCUUCCACACUGCGGUGGUCAAUCAGUACCGCAUGAGGGGGAUGAGCCCGGGCUCCGUCAACUCCUGCUGCAUCCCAACCAAGCUCAGCACCAUGUCCAUGCUCUACUUCGACGACGAGUACAACAUCGUCAAGAGGGACGUGCCCAACAUGAUCGUGGAGGAGUGCGGCUGCGCCUGAGCCCCCCGGACACAAACACACCAGACUCUUUUCAAAAGGUACGCGUCAUCAGCAUAUAUCUGCACGUGUACCUCACACCGCACUGGUCCAGAACCGUGAACACGUGUACUUGUGUGCCGGUGCGAGUGUGUGUAUUUAUCGGACCGAGCGAUCAGCCGGUCAGUGACGGGAUGAGAAGGGAACGACCAUCACCAAAUGAUACUUUCACUCUAGUUUGCCAUUUCUAGUCAAAAAUAAUGGCCCGUUAUCUCCUGAGAAAUGAAGAUUUUUUAUUAAAAAGCGCUUAAGGACAGAGACGAUAUGAGCCAAUAACAGGAUUGGCAUCGGAAACACCUUCCUCUAACCCUCUGAAGUACUUAAAGCACAUAAGAGACGUUUGUUUUUCUAAAGCACUGACAAGUCAUCAGCUUCUACGAGUCAGAACACCAGCACUUUCCCUCUAUGCAGACUGAAGCAUUCCGACUGUCCUGGACUCAGACUGGUCUCACAGGACUAUCGACCUGAAAGGAAGUACUGGACUCCAAACAGGAAGCCGGAGCUGGUGCAGCGCCCCCCAUCGAGACUCGAACAAAGAUGGCCGAAGCCUCUCGGCCUUCUCUUGUUCAGAACUGAAGUCAGAUAUGUUGGGGGGGCGGGGGUGGGGGGGCAGAAUGUUGUGUUUUUGGAACCAGAGUCUGCACCACUGUAGUCCCGCCUCCUAACUUAUUAACAGGCUGUCAGUCACAGUGUAACAUGACACAAAUAACUAAUUAAAACUAAAACGAUUUUUAAAAAUGCACAUUUGAACAAGCGGCAGCAAUCAAAAAUCAGCUGAAAAAUAUUAUUUUAAAAGACCACGUCGUAUUGGUUGACGUGGAGGGGCGGGGCUUAAUAAUUGUAUAGGAACCAGCCACUCAUUCUUUGUGGCUUCAGCUUCCAGUUUUAUGUCCUGUUUCUAGUUAUAAUCAGGGUUGUUACAUUUAUUUAGUAAAUAACCAAUUCAUCAGUUAGACAAGAAAUCAUAAUUAAAAUUACAGUAACCUCUUAAAAUAUCCAUGGUUGCAUUUUGUUUUACAUUUUAUCUGAAACAAUUAGGCUAAUUGUUGAGUAUUAUUUAUUUAACCAUUUUUUUCAUCUUGUUCCCAACAUUGUUGUCUUGUUUAUAACCUGGAGCUGAGUAAUCCUAAAUGUAACUAAUUAUAUUUUAAAGUAACGUUUGUGAAACUUGUUAUAUUAAAUUUUGAUGGUCCCAGUUCAACAUUUAUGUCAGCUUAUAAAAAUGAGUUUUUCAGCGGAGCCAGAGGAUAAUUUUAUUUAUUUAUACAAACUAACCUGUUUAACUUAGCUCUUCUCAUGCUGCUGUUUGUUCAAAUAUUAAUCAUGUUUAUCUGUCAUUAGUUUAUUUCAUGCUUUAGAGGAAAAUCAUGUGACACCAUGACUGCAUGGUGGGGAGUAGGCGGAGCUUAAAGCCCCACUACCUUAUGUGCAUGCUUUGAAGCUAAAAACACAACAUGCAGACCCCCGUAAACCUGCUUCUUUUCCCAACAAAGAGUGAAGUUGGGGGACGUUGGGUCUGGUUUUAUAAUCCAAGUUGACGGAUUAAAUCCUCCUCAGCAGCACGGUGGCAAAACAAAGUGGUCCUUCGAGCUGCUGCUGUCAACGCCGGGCCGUCCAGACUGGAGUUUGGGGCCCGGGCGGGUCUCCACGGUGCAGUGCAGCACUUGCAGAAACUGAAAUGCACACCCUGAAUAGCACUUGUAUAAAUAAAAGAAAUGCCUUCCGAGGGCUCCUGAGUGUCCUGUCAGAUUGUUAAAAAGUGCCACAUGAGCUAUGCAAUGUAUAGAAAACUGUACCCGAACAUGACGCGCUCCAUUUGACUGAAUCCUCUCCAUCCUUUUUCAUCUCUUCAGUCCUCAACUGUUUAAAAAAGAAAAUACUUGAAAUGUGAUCUCUCGCUUCCUUUCCAAAGCGAUGGGUCGUUGUGAUGUUUGCACUGAAAAGCUGUGGGAUUAGCGGAACAAAAACUGCCAUUGAAAAGUUAUUUUUAUAUAGAUGAAUCAAAUUAUGUUUCAGAUGUAUUUUGCAUAAUCAAUGGAACCAAAGAGGCCAGGAUUUUAGCUGUACACAUGAGAUGGCGAGGCCAUUAAAGUUAUCAUGUAAAAAAUAUACAAAUAAAUCUGUAUGUGAUGGUUUGUAAAAGGCUGAGCGAUCUAUCAGGGUACAAUAAACUGCAUGACUUUUCAUUUCUCACCUGUUUUCAUUCCGUUUUGUACAACAAGCAACACUUCUUUUUUCACCUUAAGCUUAUUUUUGUUCUUUUUUUGUUUUAUUUAAGGAGAAAGUUAUUUUUAGUUAUUAUAAAUCAUAUAGUCAAAUAAAAUCUGUACAGUUUAUGUAAAAUAAAAUGUUUUCUUUAA